UAGUCUAUAGAUUUUAGAAAUUUACUAAUUACUUAUCACUGGGUAUUUAUGUUUUAAAUCAAAAAAGUGUUUAGCGAUUUUACAAUUUUAGUGCAUUUAAAUAUUUAACACUUUAAUUAAAAUGGCACAAGCGGAAGAUACUGAACUUCGUGAUCUUGUUAUUGAAGCUUUGGAGAAAAACGGAUCUCUUGCAAAAAUAAGGGCUUUGUUGAGGGCUAACAUUUUCCUGGCUUUCGAAGACGACUGUGAAAAUAUAAAACAAAAUGAAUCCCUUGACAAUAUUUUAAAGCUUCCCGAAGGAAUUUUAUCUUUAUCGAUCAUACACGAGUUUUUGGAGUUCUGCAAUUUAAAAAAUACGUUGUUUGUUUACAUGUCAGAAUCACGACAAGGAAAUGAGUAUAAGGUUAAAACACAGCGGUCACUGAUUGAUACCUUACGACUAAAUAAAGUGAGUAAAGAAAAAGAACCUAUACUUAUUACUCUGCUAAAAUACUUCACAAAAUCACUAAAACAUGAAAGUUCGCAUGAAAGCUAUGAGCAUGGUGAUCAUUCUACAUAUACAGUAGAACAUGAUACUAGUUCCUCUACAAGUCAAUCCCAAUCUGAUAAUUCAUCAGAUGAAAAAAAUAAGAUAGAUUUAAGAUUGUCUUUAGAUAAUUCAGAUACUGAUAGCUCUAGUGACUCAAGAAACAAGAAAAGCUCAGAAUAUGUUCCUAAUCCAGAUAUAACUGUAAGUGACAUAGAUUUAGAUGUGCCUGAAGAGGUCAAAAGUUGUCCAGAAAGUUUUCCUACUUUAGAAGAAAAGAAAUUAAGUAACAAAGAUAGUCUUAUUAGAAGUAGUGAACUUAAAUCCUUUGAAUUAAAACCUUUUAAUUUAACAGAUGAAAAGCUUUUAAACACAACAGGAAUACCUAAUAGUGAUGAUAAUAUAAAAGAAAAUAAAAUAAUGGCAAAUGAAUUUCACACAUUAAGUAGUCCUUCAUCAGAAUCAUUCAAAAAAGAAAAUACAAACUUAAUUUCUACAAACACCACAAAUUUAAUUUCUAAAUUGACUCCAGACCAAUCAUACAAAAAUGAUCAUACACCAGAUUAUAGUUAUGAUUUUUCAUCAAUGCCAGGUUCCGAAAAAUCUCUUUCAAAUAUAUUAUCAAAAAAACAAACCACAAACCAAAAUAGUUCAAGUUCAUAUAGUGAGAAACAAAAUUCCCCAAGGUCACUAAGUUCUAUUUCUAUAUCAGAUGUAGCUGAUCUUAUAAGUGAGAGAAGCUAUGUGAGCAGAAAAAGUAAAAACUCAAUUUCCCAUGGAAAAUUACAGAAAGAUAAAAGCCCGGAUAAUAUAAGCUUGAAGUCUAGCAAUAAUUCUAGUGAUUUCUCACAUUCUCCGAUUCCAUCUUUAUCAAAUCUUAGUUUAGACUAUCAUAGUGAUUGAUAGUCCAAGUUAAUAUUGUUUAUAUUAACUUCUUUAAAAAAAAUAUAUGCAUUUUUUAUAUACAAUUUCUAUUAAGUAUUUUAACAUUAUUUGCUAACUUGAAAUAAAUUGUCAAUGUUUAAUAAAUACUAAGUACUAUAAGCUUUAGUCAAUGGUACACAUUACACAUGUUGCUGUACACAGGUCUAAUGAUUUGUAGUGAGUAAAAUUUAGCUAGUGAUCUUGUGAUAAUAAGCAUUAUUCCUAAUGAAAAAGUUAAUAUUGAUGUAUUUUUAAUAAUAUAUUAAUAGUGGUAAAGCUAACAUAUACUUAGUUACUUCUGAUGUUAUACAAAAGAAACCUAAAUUAUAACUGAAGAGUGAACAUUUUCAGUCCUGCAUAUUUCUAUACUAGUUUUAUUUUAGCAAAAUUUAUCUAUUAGUGGGAAAUCUGGUUUCAGCAAGUCUCAUUUUAAUAUGUUUUAGAUGAUAAUUGAAUACAGUCCAUUUAAACUCCUGCAUUUGUUAUUUUAAAACAAUGAAUAUUAUUAAGUGUUUUAUUAUAUGGGGUAGAUUAGCAUUUUAAUAUAUUAAUAUGUACUUACUAAUUAGGAUGUAUUUAAAGUAAAUUAUAACUACUCAUUUUAGUGCAUCACAAAUUAUUAUGUUGGCAUAUUUUGUUGUAAUAAAUAGUAUGUUUAAUUUUGCAGAAGGUUGUGCCUUAUUUAAGAUAACAAAUUUAAACAGAGGUUCCUUAAAUUUCAAGUUGAUAGUCUAGUCCUAGAAGCAUAAACAGGUGCCGUCCAAAUUGCUCCACUAUCUCAUUUGUUUCUGAUGAAUAACAAUAACAUGGUGUUUUAAAAUAAUGUUUCUAGUGUAUAAGUUCCUUUUGAAUAAAGUUAUUGCUUUAUGUA